CUUCCCUUUAGGAGGCUUAGCACGGGUAAGGACGGAUCUAGGUCAGACGCUGGAACGGAAGCCUUUUCAUUACAGCUACGAUCCGGCGUGCAUUUUGUUUGAGACAUAUUCGCAGCGAACGAGAAGUUAAUUCAACAGAAGCUAAGGGCUUGAACUGUUAUCAGAUUUACUUCUAGAAACACAAUGAAGAGAAAGACAUCACUCGAACCAUCCACUUCAGAGAAAAGUGUCAAGCUGGUGAGGUCAGACUCACCUGCAUCCAGCUAUGUGUCUCUAAAGACAUUGGAUCCACCAGCAAACUUCAAAGAAGAAUUUGGACUUCAUUUAAGAGUAAAGCGGGAGAGAUCAGAGUCACCUGCACCCAGCUGUGUGUCAAUAAGGUCAAUGGAUCUACAAGGAAAGUUCAAAGAAGAAUUCACGCCUGAUUCAAGUGAGUUCAUAGCCAGUCUGUUGACCGAGGACCUCUUCAGAUGUACAGUGUGUACUGAUGUGCUGAAGGACCCGGUCUCCAUCCCCUGUGGGCACAGUUACUGCAAACAGUGCAUCACCUCAUACUGGCCCAGCCUAACCAUGCAGGACACUAUGCCUGUCCCCAAUGCCCACAGUCAUACAGCUCCCAUCCUGCACUUUACACAAACUCAGCCUUAGCAGAAGUGGUCCUGAAGCUCCAGCAGUUCAGUCCUGUUCUACCUACUCACUGCUACGCUGGUCCUGGAGAUGUGGCCUGUGAUUUCUGCACUGGGAGGAAACUCCGAGCUGUGAAAUCCUGUCUGACCUGCACUGCCUCUUAUUGUGAGUCUCAUGUCAGGCAGCACUACACAGUUCCAGCCCUGCAGAGACACAGACUGGUGGAACCUGGAUACCAAGACAAAAAACUCCUGGAUCAGUGUGACAUUAAAACGGGAGACUUGAAACAGAAUGACCAAAGCCAUUGGCACAUGGUAGGAAAGGAUGGAAAGCAUCUGGACCAGAUUACAGCUGUUUUGCAAAACUGUGAGACGCUGAAUGCUACACACAGAAAUCUGCAGGAGAAGUUGCUGCAGAAGCUACUGGUGCUUCCACAAAGGCUGCAGGAGCUGCCAGAGUUGCAAGAGAUGCAGAAACUGCUUCAACAACAGCAGCAGAAGCUGCAGGAGCUUCGGCAGGAGCAGCUACGGCGGCAGGAGCAGCAUCUGCAGGAGCAGCAUCUGCAGGAGCAGCAGCGGCAGGAACAGCAGCGGCAGGAUCAGCAGCGGCAAGAGCAGCAACUGCAGGAGCAGGAGCAGCAGCGGCAGGAGCAAGAGCAGCAGCGUCAGGAACAGCAGCGGCAGCUGCAGGAGCAGCAGCAGCAGCGGCAGGAUCAGCAGCGGCAGCUGCAAGAGCAGCAAGUUGCGGAGCAGCAGCGGCUGCAGGAACAGCUACGGCGGCAGGAGCAGCAGCAGCGGCAGGAGCAGCAACGCCGGCUGGAGCAGCAUCUGCAGGAGCAGCAGUGGUGGCUGGAGCAGCAGCGGCUGGAGCAGCAUCUGCAGCAGCAGCAGCGGCAGGGGCAAGAGCAGGUGCAGGUGCAGGUGCAGCAGCAGCAGCAGCUGCAAGAGCAGCUACGGCGUCAGGAGCAGCGGCGGCUGGAGCAGCAUCUGCAGGAGCAGCAGUGGUGGCUGGAGCCGCGCCGGCUGGAGCAGCUGCGUUUGGAGCAGCUGCAUCGUCAGCGGCAGCAGCAGUUUCUGGAGCAGGUUCUGCAGCGGCAGGAGCAGCAGGAGCGUUCGGAGCUGCUGCAGGACUAGCUGCAGCAGGAUGACCAAAACCACAAGCAGAUGUUGGAAAAACAGGACAGAGGUGUGCAUGGCAACAGCCAGGAUGCUGCUAUUGUGCAGAAGAGUCCACAUCAGGGGAUAACAGGGGAUAAUUGGGUGAUAUUUCAUUUCCACACCCACACCUUUAUGCGAAAUAAUACCACAUCAUGAUGCAAAUUAUACGCAUGAUACUUGUUUUGGCUCUGCCAGCGAUUUGUUUAAUUGUUUUAGUCAUGUAAGGACUUUUAUUUUGAAUUGAGAAACAUACAGGAAACUCGUUUGUCAGGAAUUUGGUCAGUUAGAAAGACAGCAUGGGAAGCUCACAUGUGCUUCUCGACCACUCCUUUUUGUUAGCGCUUUGAAGGCAUUCCCUCUAAGUGAAAAAUGUUAGUAAUUGUUCAUGUUUAGUUAGUGCAUUUUGACCUGUGAAAUGUUAAUAAUGAAGUUAUAUUAGUCAAUGAAUUUUCUGUUAAAUACAUACAUUUCGGUUCACCUAGCUAAAGCAGUUCAUCCUUGCUACUUACAGUUACCUGGUAGGCUAAAUGCCUCAUGCUUGUAUCCAUCCUCUGCAUUUGUACAAUUCACAUUACCUUGUACUUAUUGGUGUAUGUAUCUGUAUUUGUUUCACACCAUUCACAUGAUAAAGCUCAAUUUCACCCUCGGCA